AUGGUUUGGCUUUUCGGUGGGGGUUACUAUUACGGUAGUCCGUCGUUGCUGCUUUACGAUGGUAAAGCGCUGGCGUUGACUGGCAAUGUGGUUGUGGUGAAUAUCAACUAUCGAGUUGGGCCUUUUGGCUACCUGUAUCUUGAUCAUGAGGAUGCACCUGGCAAUAUGGGUAUGCUCGAUCAGGUCAGUUAUAUCCCUUAUCCGUUAAGGAUAAUUCCCAAGCAGGGAAAGCCUCAGCAGUAUAGAACAUGCAGUAGCAGCUCCGAAACUGGAAAUUUUGCUCACGAGAAAUGGAAUAAGGCAUGUGUAUGA